AGUUUCUUCCUGACCAACAACCAGAGCUGUCCCCAGAUGAAUGAAUUUUCCUGGAAGGACGUUACCAAUGCCUUGUCCCUGGCCAACCUGAUCCUGGGGCUCUUCUCCAUCUUCUGCAGCUUCUGCAAGAGAAGCCACUGUGCCUCCUGGAUGCUUCUGAUCAGCUUCCUGUUAGACAUGGCAGUUGGGGCGAUAACCAGACACCUCAGCCUCUGCUCCAAGUCAGGAGUGGAGCUGAAUGACUUUGCAAUCUUCACCACCUUCGGCCUGGCCUCAGCCCUGCUCCUCGGCGUGGAUGGGCCUCUGAGUGGGUUCCUGGCUGUCAUCUAUGUGUUAGCUGCUACUUUCCGCCUGUGUUUCUAUUCAACUGACGCUCAGCUCACGUACAGGGGUCUACCCUGCCGCUAUGCUUCCUGUGUCUUAGCCUCCACCUCCCUUCUGACCAAAGGCAACACGUUCAUUCUCUCCUGCAUGGCCUCACUUAUGAUUCUAUUCAUGAUGGACCAGAGCUACUACCCACACGAUGAAAUCCUGGAGUCUGAGAACUGGAAAAAAGUGGUUUAUCUGGGAGGUGCCAUCAUGCUGCUCUUGUCUCCGUUCUCUCUGACUGCGUUUUACUGCCUGUUGUGGUCGCUGUCCUACAUCUUCUUUCCAGAUGCUCUGUGGGGCAAAGCAGUGCGUCUCAGGCUACAGUGCUGA